UGGCUCGCUAUAGGACAAAAAAAGCCGACUGAAAAACUGCAGAGGAAAUCAGGGCUCUUUCCCAAGAUAUCUGUCUACGUCUGCAUUUAUUCUGCGGCACUUCCCCUCGUCGGUGGGGAAGGCAAAUCAUGAUCUGAGGUUACAAAGGAAGCUUUGUACGAAUCUCUCACACAGAUGUCGUCAGAGGACGCCUUGUAGCCCGUUUGCUUGGUCAAUAAAGUCUCAAGUAGCAGUUUUGAAACAGGUAUUAGCCGUCAGCAUGUAGAUUUCCCCUUCUCCACACACUUAAAAACUGCCCGUAAACUUUGCGGCUGCCUUAGGGGAAGCCAGUUCAGGAUUGAACACACAUUGCACGCCUCUAGUUCUUCAUAACAAUAACAAGAAAUAUAGCACUGGUGUCUGGUGGGAAAUCUUCCAAUUAUAGCUUCAGGGCAGGAAUUUGGGCUCCUUUCAGGGAAACAGACAACCAGAAACCGGCUAGUAGUCGAAGCCCGAUUUGUAGCUCCUAAUUUACCAGCUGUAAAUUGUUUUCCACGUAUCUGUUAAUUGCAAAUAGAUAAACCAGCGGUGACUAUGACUCACACCUGACUGCUGCAGGCUCGACGUGUGAUGCUUCUCGGAGUAAUGAAGCUUCAGAAAAUCCUCAGUUGUCCUCCCUUGAAAGCACAGACUUGGCUUUUCCUGAGGGCUCGCAGUCCCUUCACAAACCUGAACCGCUGGACAAAGUUUUAAACGAAAUGAAUAAAGAAAUUAAGAACUUGUUAUCAAAAUAUGCCAGCAUUCUGAGGAGGGAGCUGCACAUGAAAUCGGGCUGGCACCUGUCCCACCACUAUCCGCUUUCCAGUUUUACUGAAGGAGGCUUGAACAGAAAAUUAAUUGGCUUUAAAGCUGCCUCAUCUGAUCAGCAAAGCUCAGCUGGUUCAAAGAAUCUCCUGCUCAGCCCAGCAAAAGAGCAGAUCACCUUCCACAGCCCCAAGGGUUUGCAAUGCAUCUCCCCCCUAAUUCAGACAGUAGAGGAGACCCCUCAACCCAUCCCAGCAAAGAUCAAAGGACACAUUCCCAAAUGGAUUAACGGCAAUCUUCUGAGGAAUGGCCCUGGGAAGUUUGAGUUUGGUGAGGAGAAGUUUAACCAUUGGUUUGACGGCAUGGCCCUGCUGCAUCAGUUCCAGCUGGAGGAUGGCACGGUGACAUACCGGAGCAAGUUUCUGCAGAGCAGUUCCUACCUGACUAACAGCCAGCACAACCGCAUUGUGGUCUCGGAAUUUGGGACGCUGGCAAUGCCAGACCCGUGCAAGAGUGUCUUUGGGCGCUUCAUGUCACGCUUCGAGAUGCCACAACCAAGUGACAAUGCCAGUGUGAACUACGUUGUGUAUAAAGGAGACUAUUAUGUCAGCAAUGAGAACAUCUUCAUGUACAAAGUGGAUCCGGAAACGCUUGAAACGAAGGAAAAGGUGGACUGGAGCAAAUUCGUUGCAGUGAACGGGGCCACCGCUCAUCCUCAUUAUGAGCCCGAUGGGACAACAUACAACAUGGGAAAUUCCUAUGGGAAACACGGGUCUAGCUAUAAUAUCAUUCAGGUCCCUCCACAAAAGUCCAGCUGUAGUGAGACGUUAGAGGGAGCGAAAGUGUUGUGCUCCAUUGCUCCAACGGAUAAGCUGAAACCCUCCUACUAUCACAGCUUCGGAAUGAGUGAAAACUACAUCAUUUUCAUUGAGCAGCCCAUCAAGCUAAAUCUGUUGCAGAUUAUCACUUCCAAGCUUCGUGGGAAAGCCAUUGUUGAUGGGAUAAGCUGGGAGCCUCAGUACAACACUUGCUUCCACGUGGUGAACAAGCACACUGGGGAGGUGCUGCCAGGGCAGUGGUACAGCAAGCCCUUUGCUACUUUCCACCAAAUCAACGCCUUUGAAGAUCACGGCUGCGUGGUCCUUGACCUGUGCUGCCAGGAUGAUGGAACAACUUUGGCUACAUACAAACUUCAGAACCUGCGGAGGAGUGGGGAAGGUCUGGAUCAGAUUUAUGACUCAAUAUCCCGAGCUUUCCCUCGUCGCUUUGUGCUCCCACUGAACGUGAAUGCAGACACACCUGUGGGCAAGAAUCUGAACCCGCUUUCUUAUACAUUGGCAAGGGCUGUGAAAGACGCAGAUGGCAAGGUCUGGUGCACACAUGAAAAUCUCCACCCUGAGGGAUUUGAAAAGGUUGGGGGCUUGGAGUUCCCCCAGAUCAACUACUCUCGGUACAAUGGCAGGAGGUACCGUUACUUCUAUGGAUGUGGUUUUAGGCAUUUGGUUGGAGAUUCCUUGAUCAAGGUUGAUGUGGAGACCAAGAAUUUCAAGAUUUGGCAGGAGGAUGGAUCCUACCCCUCAGAGCCUGUGUUUGUGCCAGUACCUAAUGCCACGGCAGAAGACAGUGGAGUCAUCUUGUCUGUUGUGGUCUCCCUCACUGAGAACCAAAGUGCUUUCCUGCUUGUCCUGGAUGCAGAAACCUUCAGAGAACUGGGGCGAGCAGAAGUCCCAGUGCAAAUGCCUUAUGGAUUCCACGGCGUCUUUACUUCCCACUGACAGAAGACCUUGUCACCUCCUGUAAUUCAGAGCCUGGUCGGGCUCAGAGACCAACCUCUGCUUUCUUUUGCCUCCCACCUUGGCAUUAUGCCCUGCAUGAAGGAACUGCUUUUUCUCUGUCAUAACCCCCAAGUUACUGCUACAUCGCUAACAAUAAGCAGCAAAUGGUCUGAGGAAGGCAGAAGCCCCUUCACUCAAACAGCCCACAGCUUUAUCUUAAUUUUCUAACUAUCUUCAUAGACCAGUUAGCAGCGGUUCACAACGGCUGCCACGUGUAAGGCUUGCAAGGGAGAAAAUGGAAACUAAGAUGACCAUUACUUUCCCUUCAUAGCUAUGUGCUCUGAAGGGAAGAGAGUAUUGGCGUUUUGAUCAGUGACUUUGGCAGAUAUGUGUAAAGCAGAAGAGAGGAGUAAAACCAACUAGUAACAUGUAGGUUCAAUGAAGGGAUGUAUGCAAUUUCAUCCCCAUUGUGUCAAGAUUGCCUUCAGUGAACCCCAGAAAGCAGACGUAAAGACUCGCAGAAGCUGUACUUGUAGUGCUUUUCUUUGUACAGUAACAGUGCCCUCAAAUAAAAGCUUGUGAAGUUUCUUUGUUUCCCUGCUCUCACCAGAGCCACAGCCAACUUCGUGCUGUGCCACCAGAGGCAACGCCUGCAACCCUGAUACACAACUUGUCAUACGGCAUGGUCUUGUAGACAUGCAUGAAGUUACCACCAUGCUCCUACUUAAACAGCAGAGUUGGAUGCAGCUCUGAUGGCUGACAUUUCCUGCCUUCCUCCUAAAUAAAUCUAUACGAAACAUGUAGAACUCCA